AUGAAAGUGGAUCGUGUUUUUCUGUGAUAGACGCGAAAAUGUGCAAGACCAGCGAACCGCGGGAUUUGGAAACUCUCAUGGGUUAUUUAGGUGACUUUGGGAAGUAUCAAGCAUGGCAAUUUUUCUUACACAUACUCUCAGCCGUCUGCGCAGGUCUGAAUAUGAUGACCCUCGUUACAGUUGCAGCUGUUCCAGAAUACAGGUGCGAGAUACCUGGUAUCGAUCUGAACAGGACCUACACUGCACUGAACGAUACGAUGUUGGCCAGACAUCUGCCAAAAUUGGCUUCCGGAAAAUUUGACAGCUGCUCGUUACUUAACCUCACAACGAACGUUCCCUAUAAAUGCGAAUCAUACGUAUACGAUCACACUCAUUAUGGCAAUACCAGAGCUACAGAAUGGGAAUUUAUCUGUGAUAGAAGGUGGAUGGGAGCCGUUGCCCAAUCUGUCUACAUGUUCGGGGUGUUCACCGGGGCAGUGGUUCUAGGCAAUAUGGCCGACAAAGUAGGAAGAAAGCCAGUCUUCUGUUGGUCGGCAGUCCUUCAGCUGAUAUUCGGUGUCGCUGUUGCCUUCACACCCGAAUACUUCUCCUUUUUAGUAUUACGUUUUUUGUACGGCAUUUUUGGAUCGGCUGGUAGUUAUAUACCAGGUUUUGUAUUGACUAUGGAAUUGGUGGGGCCCAGUAAGAGAUCCAUGUGCGGCAUUUCGUUCCAAGCGGCUUUUGCUUUCGGAAUAAUGCUCGUAGCUGGUUGGGGGGCUUUUAUCAAAGACAGGCAACUCCUUCAAAUCAUCUACGGAUGUCACGCCAUUGUGCUGCUGGGUCAUUUCUGGCUCAUGGACGAAUCUCCUAGAUGGCUGUGGAGCAACGGCAGAGUCAAAGAAUCCGUCGACAUUGUCCAAAAGGCGCUCAAAAUGAAUGGCAAAUCCGUCAACUUGGACACGGCUGAGUUUGUGAGCCGGGGAGCUUCGGAGGUGAGGACCAAAGAGGAGGCGGGCGGCAUCGGGGACCUCUUCAGGACGCCGAACUUGCGGAAGAAGACCCUCAACGUGAUGCUGUGCUGGUUCGCCAACUCCUUGGUGUACUACGGUUUGUCUCUGAGCACAGGGAACCUCAAAGGGGACCCGUUCGUGGUACUGUUCGUGAUGGGUCUGGUGGAGAUACCGAGCUACGUGGCCACAGUCUAUCUGAUGGACAGGUGGGGCCGGCGACCUCUCACCUCCUUCGAGAUGAUCCUCGGCGGCAUCUGCUGCAUAGUAGCUGCCAACCUGUCCCAGGGCGCCGCCUCCACCGCCUUCGUCUUUGCCGGCAAAUUCCUCAUAGCCAGCAGCUUCGCCAUCACCUACAACUACUCGGCAGAGCUGUUCCCCACGGUGAUACGCAGCUUCGCGAUGGGCCUGGGGGCCAUGUGCGCCAGGACUUCGGGGGCACUGACCCCCUUGAUCACCCUGCUGGACUCCUUCGAUCCCAAGAUGCCGGCUAUAAUUUUCGCGGUUAUAUCUGUUAUCUCGGGGGUGUUUGUGAUGUUUUUGCCUGAGACGUUGAACAAACCGAUGCCUCAGACUAUUGAGGAGGGGGGAGCGGUUUGGGAAGGGAGAUACGUUGUUCAAUUCCUGGUGCGGCAAAGGAGGGGAAAAGGAGGAUAA